CCUCUCACCCAUACCACGAGGUGGGAGCCUUGGGCCCUCCCUCCGAAAGCCCUUCUGCAGGGGACGUGCGUCUGUCGGUGACGCUGGCGCCCCUCACUCCCCGCGUUCCCUCCUCGCAGUCCUCCGUGUGUGCGAAGAUCGUGCAGCUCCUGGGCCAGAACGAUGUGGACUACCGCCAGAAGCAGGUGGUCAUCCUGAGCCAGGACAGCUUCUACCGGGUCCUCACCUCCGAGCAGAAGGCCAAAGCCCUGAAGGGCCAGUUCAAUUUCGAUCACCCGGAUGCCUUUGACAAUGAACUCAUCUUCAAAACUCUCAAAGACAUCACUGAAGGGAAAACUGUGCAGAUUCCCGUGUACGACUUUGUCUCCCAUUCCCGGAAGGAGGAGACGGUCACUGUCUACCCCGCGGACGUGGUGCUCUUUGAAGGCAUUUUGGCCUUCUACUCUCAGGAGGUGCGAGACUUGUUCCAGAUGAAGCUCUUUGUGGACACGGAUGCUGACACCCGGCUCUCCCGCAGAGUAUUAAGAGACAUCAGCGAGAGAGGGAGGGACCUGGAGCAGAUUCUAUCCCAGUACAUUACGUUCGUCAAGCCUGCCUUCGAGGAGUUCUGCUUGCCGACAAAGAAAUAUGCAGACGUGAUCAUUCCUAGAGGUGUAGACAAUCUAGUGGCCAUCAACCUCAUUGUGCAGCACAUUCAGGACAUUCUCAAUGGAGGGCUUUCCAAGCGGCAGACCAACGGCUAUCUCAACGGCUACACCCCUGCCCGCAAGAGGCAGGCCUCGGAGUCCAGCAGCCGGCCGCAUUGACCCACACCCUGGACCCCGCCCACUGUAGGACAGGGGCUCCGGCCGUCUGUACAUACGGUUUCCUAGGACUCUACUUAUUUAAGAAAACAACAUGGAGAAGAAAUGCCUUUGUUAUCGAAACGGAACCUGACCCCGAGCUUACGUGACAAACUGUGCCAACUACUACUGGCGAUGCCAAUGUGUAACCAGUUAUAAAUACAUAUAUAUAUAAAAGGGUC